CCUCGUAGUCGAACAUCGCCUUCACACCCGGAUCGUGUAGUGCGGCAUGCCGAGACAGCGCGCACUCCUCCGGUGGUCCCUCAUGAAGAAACCGCUGAAAGUCAGUCGGGACAGCCACGGCGUUCUCCACCACCUGCGCGGCCUCAGGCUCAUUCCCAUCCGGCUCGCACAAACCUCCGUCAGCAAAUUGAAAGAAAUCGAUCAGCUCAGCAAGAAUCCACGGAAUUAGAAGUGUUAUGGCGAAGAAUCGCCGAGUUGGAAAGCCGGCAAAGGGCGCAAGAAGAUCCUCCAUGGCGAGCCUCUACUUCGGCACAUGUAUAUUUAGAAGCCGACUCUCUUUUAACACCCGAGCUCACUUCGAAACCUGUACCGGGAAAAGUCAAAGUCCCUCAAAUCAGAUUAUAUGAUGGAACGUCGGAUCCCGACUCACACCUCGGUCACUACACCUCAUGGAUGGAUCUCCAUGGGGCCUCAGACGCACUUCGGUGUCGCAUGUUUUCUCUUACUCUGGGACCUCGAGCUAAAAAAUGGUACCACUCUUUACCCCCUCAUUCGAUUUGGAAGUGGCAACAGCUGAGGUCGGCUUUCCGAUCUCACUUCAUUGGGGCCCAAGUUUGUUUGGAUCCAAAAGAAUCUCUUGCGAAUGUAACUCAAAAAGACGAUGAAAGUGUCAAGGAUUAUAUUGCUCGAUUUAAUGACCGAGUUCAGAAUAUGGAGCCAUGUCAUCCCGAAACCCUGCUUGUUAUGGCUAUUGCGGGACUGAAACCGAAUUCUAUUUUUCGCUGGACAUUAUGUCAGAAUAAGCCAAACACCUUCCAUGAAUUCCUUGCCCGUGCCCAGCAACAUAUCAUUGCUGAGGAAGCGAUGUCGGUCCCCGAUUUUAAUUUCAAUCCGAAGUCAUCCAAGUCGGGAACCGAUGACAGGAAGAAAAACAAGUCCUUUGAUAAGCAAAACAAAGCUCAAUUUCGAGGUUACCCCCGAGGAGAUGCCAAUGACCCCAAAAUCAGGGCAGCUCGAAAACAGUACGCUACCGACGUGAAAUCCGGUUAUCAAAUCCGGUUAAAUGAAAGGGCAUUCUGCCCGAUCCCAAACCACUUUGGAUGCCUGAGGAAAAAUUGGAUAAUUUACGCCCGACAAGCCUAUAAUUCGGACAAGCGUGUUUUCACCACCGAUCUGCGAGACGUUCUCAAUGCCCGAAACUGCCCCAUUAUUUUCAACAUGGAAGAUGCAAAUCAUUUUGCUCACCCUCAUUCCGACGCACUUGUCAUCACCGUUCCAAUAUAUGGGAUCCCGGUUCACCGUGUCAUGGUCGAUACUGGGGCCUACUCAAGUAUUUUGAUGCUAAAAGCCUUUGACAAAAUGGGUCUCGACCCAGCGAAUAUCCGACCUUGUAAUGAUCAAAUACAGGGGUUUAAUGGAAGCAUCUCGAAGCCCAUUGGCGAAAUCACCCUACCUGUCAGAUUUGGCACGCCCGAACAUGUAACCAAGCUUGUUAUGGAGACUUUUAAAGUUCUUGACAUCAACAACGAGUAUAACGCAAUCAUCGGAAGGACUGCUCUGUACAAACUCCGAGCUGCGGUUUCUAUUUUUCAUUAUGCACUUAAAUUCCCGACGACACGUGGUGAAGGAACGCAUUACAGAGAUCAAAGAGAAGCUCGAGAACUUAUCACUUUCAUACCAUCCACCGGAGUCCAUUCCACCACUUUGGACAACGAAGAAAAUUCCUCACUAUCCGUCACUUUGGACAAUACAAUUUCCGAGGAACCAAGUCAUGAAGUCGUUGUCCCCGACACUUCAGACCCUUUAUCUGAGGAACGAG